AUGGUGACAUGGGUGCCGAGGCCUUAUGGGCCCCCAUCUGUGCGCUCACAGCCUAGCCCUGUGAGGCGUGGCCGUGUCACAGUGGGUGACGUGUGGCCCGAGGGUGCCCCUGCCCACUUUUGGGACACACAUGGGCCAGCGGUGCUGAAUGUCACAGUGGCCACUGUGACCCUGUUGGGGCAGGCCUACAAAAAAGAGCGCCGGGCACAGUGGGUCACUUGCAACCUGCGUGCUGUGUCAACCGGCAGAGAACAGACUCAGACGUCUGUGGGCAAAAGUGGACAAUCAAGGAUCUGUGCCCAUAUCUUUUGCCUGUUUUUUGCCUAUGAACUUCCUCGAGAAGUGACUGACUAUGAAGGACAGAUGAGAUUUUUUAGUUUGGAUAUUCCACAUACAGUGGAGCAUGCAGCCCAGAUGGCCUGCUCCGUGUGUGGCGAGAACGGGGCCACCGUCGCCUGCUGGGAAAUGGGCUGCACCCGCAGAUUCCAUCUCCCCUGUGCCACGGAGGGUGGAUGCGUCACCUGUUAUCUCCCACCGUUCAGGUCCUUCUGCUGGGAGCACCGCCCACAGCAGCAAGAGGAGGUGGCUCCAGAGAAAACCACCUGCCUCAUCUGCCUGGACCCUGUUGAAGGCAGAACGACCUAUGGGACCAUGGUGUGCCCAGCAUGCAAACACGCCUGGUUCCACAGGGCCUGCAUCCAGGGACAGGCGCUUCGCUCUGGCAUUUUCUGCAUACAGUGCCCCCUGUGUAGAAAUCGGAAUUGGUUUCUUGUGGAAAUGUUCAACAUGGGGAUCCGAAUCCCCUUUCGACCUCCAUCGUGGGACGACAACAACGCGUAUGCAGAAUUGAACGAGAGGCACAGGCGCUGCGAUGCUAGGGAGUGCCUUUGUCCAGGAGGCAGAAGCGUGGCAGAGGAAGAGGGGCCCUGGCAGCUGUUCCUGUGCUGCUCCUGCGCUGCUGAGGGCACACACAGACACUGCUCCAGCUUGGGGUACAGCCAUUGGGUCAGAUGGGAGGUGGACAGCUGUGCUGGCCCGGGCACCUGUAAGUGUCAAAGCACCCAGCCUCUGGUGCCACUCAGAGCUUGCUGGUCCCAGCACCACCAAGCCCAGCUGCAUCAGGGUGGUCUUCCUGCAUCUGUGGAGCUUGGAUUCCAGCAGCCCCAGCACCAGCAGACAGCAGCAUCGGGCAGACGCUGGGGCCUCCAGCAGAGGGAAUUCAACAGCCCCAGAACCUCCAGCCCAGCAGCAUCGGGGCCAAGUCUGGGGCCUCCAGGAGAGGAGUUCAACAGCCCCAGCACCAGCAGCCAGGCAACUCGGGGCAAACUCUGGGGCCUCUAG